ACAGACUACGACAUCUUCCCCUUUAUCUACCUAGCAAAACAAAAUAGGGUGAUAAGAUUCCUUCAUUCAUUGACUCCAAUGACAAUCUUCAAGUCUCUUCCUUUCUUCCUCCUCCUCUGCCUCUCGCUCCUCCUCUCAGCCACCUCCCACGGUGGUCACGACGACGACGACGAUGAUUCUCUCGCCGGUGAAACCCUUGACCUCCGGUCAAGACCCUUGAUCCUUGCCAAGAUAUGGUGCUUAAUCGUUGUGUUUGUGGGGACGUUUGUUGGUGGGGUGUCUCCAUACUUUUUUAAGUGGAACCAGGGGUUCUUGGUGUUGGGGACGCAGUUUGCAGGGGGAGUGUUUCUGGGUACUGCUUUGAUGCAUUUCUUGAGUGAUGCUAAUGAGACGUUUGAGGAUUUGACUGACGUUGAGUACCCUUUUGCUUUUAUGCUCGCCUGCGGUGGAUACUUGCUCACCAUGCUGGCAGAUUGUGUGAUUUCUUACGUGUAUGGGAAGGGGCAGACUAACUCCAAUGGAGAUCAGAUCCAAGGGGAUGUUGAGCAGAGGAAAAACAGCACUCAGUCCACUUCACUAUCACAUCUUCAUGCAGGAAAUGGCAUCUCUAAAAGUUCUGCACUCACCAAUGUCAGUUCACUUGGGGAUAGCAUUCUAUUGAUUUUUGCCCUGUGCUUCCAUUCCGUUUUUGAGGGCAUUGCCAUUGGAGUUGCAGAGACAAAACUCGAUGCCUGGAAAGCGCUAUGGACUAUCAGUUUGCACAAGAUAUUUGCUGCCAUAGCAAUGGGGAUCGCACUCCUCCGAAUGAUCCCAGAUCGCCCCCUUCUCUCCUGCAUGGCCUACGCUUUUGCAUUUGCAAUCUCAAGUCCCAUUGGCGUGGGCAUUGGGAUCAUAAUAGAUGCAACGACUGAGGGUCACGUGGCAGACUGGAUCUUUGCCAUAUCAAUGGGUCUGGCUUGUGGAGUCUUCGUUUAUGUAUCGAUAAACCACCUGCUAUCCAAAGGAUAUAUUCCCCAUGGCAGGGUCUCAGUUGACACACCAUAUCACAAGUUUUUAGCCGUCCUACUUGGUAUUGGCGUAAUUGCAGUGGUGAUGAUCUGGGAUACCUGAAGCCUGAAGUAGGACUGCUUGCAUUUUGGAGGAACAAAUAUGUUACUUUUCUGCAUAGGUCCUAGACUGUCACACAUCUAUUUGUUAUUCCACAUUUGAACCAUAUGUUUGGCUACAAUCAAAUGUCAAUAUGAGAGUGGCAAAAGACUAUUUAGGAAACGAAAUGGAUGUUAUAUAACUAAACCAACAGAAUGACA